GCAACCGUUGGGCAUGGGCAAAGCGCGCGAUGACGGCGAGUAGGCAUGUGUUUUUUUUUCUUGAGGAAGGCACUGGUUGUUGUCCCGUUUGUUUUCUUCAACCAUGGCGGAGCCGAAGAAGCGUCAGCGACUCACUCAACUCAACAGCACCUCUCAGACGUCCAGCCAUGACAGAAGCAAGGGACAGGAUCGAUACGUGGAUGGGUCCAUACUUCGCAUCACCAUGAAAAACUUCCUGACCUAUGACUACUCGGUGGUGAAUCCUGGACCCAAUCUGAACAUGAUUGUUGGGGCCAAUGGAACCGGCAAGUCCAGCAUCGUUUGUGCCAUCUGUCUGGGUCUGGCUGGCAAGACCGCUAUCCUGGGCAGAGGUGACAAGGCGGGGCUUUACGUCAAACGUGGAUGUCAAAAGGGAUCUAUUGAAAUUGAACUAUAUAGGGGUGGUGGAAAUGUAGUGAUUAACCGAGAGAUCCAUGCGGCGAACAACCAGUCUGCGUGGAUGCUGAAUGGGAAACACUGUAGCCAGAAAGCUGUGGAGGAGGAAGUUAAAUCUCUGCAAAUUCAAGUCAGCAACCUCUGUCAGUUUCUGCCUCAGGAAAAAGUAGGAGAGUUCGCCAAGAUGUCCAAAAUUGAGUUACUAGAAGCAACUGAGAAAUCAGUGGGACCACCAGAGAUGUACGAGUUCCACUGUGAGCUCAAGAACUUCAGAAACAAGGAACGAGAACUGGAGAACGCUGUAAAAGAAAAAGCCAGCUUCCUCGAGAAGGCCAAACAGAGGAAUGAGAGGAACAAAAUCGAUGUUAACCGUUACUAUGAAAGGAAGAGGCACCUGGACAAUGUCGAACUGCUUGAUAAGAAGAAACCGUGGGUGGAAUAUGAAACCAAUCGUAAGGAUCUUGAGCAGGUGAAAAGGGAGCGAGAUGAGGCCAGAAGGCAGCUCUUGACUCUGAGGCAGGCCCAGGCGCCCAUGAUGAGGAAGCUUCAGCAGAUUGAUGAACAGCUGAAGCCCGCUGAGGCACAAAUGAAGGCGAAGACUGCUGCCAUCAAAGAAGCCUCGAACAAGUGCAAACAGAAACAAGACCAGUUGGACCAAAAAAACAAAGAGAUUGACACUAUUAAACAGAAACUGAACCUGAAGCAAACAGAGGAGGAGGAUCACCAGAAGCGAAUCAGUAACACCAGGCGGACCAUUGAAGACUUGAAGGCUGAGCUUGCCAAAGUUGGUGAUCAACCUGACGUGACACCACAGAUCAACGCGAUCAACGUCGAGCUGAGACAAAUCCAGCAGGAGAGGGCCAAGAUUGAAGGAGAGAAGACUGACCUUCGUAGGGAGAGGGAGAACCUCUUUGCCGAGUCCCGGAUGUUGGAGAAAAAACUCAAUGACAUGAACAACAUGAUGAAUGCCAAAGAGGAGAAGCUGCGGGGAUGCCACAGAGACACACACACUGCUCUCCAGUGGCUCAGAAGAAACAGAAACUUGUUUGUUGGGAAUGUGUAUGAGCCCAUAAUGCUGAUGAUAAACGUGAAAGACCCUCGUUUUGCCAAGUAUGUAGAAAAUCACAUCCCAUUCCGUGAUCUGCGGGCGUUUGUCUUCCAGAGGAAAGACGACAUGGAAAAGUUCAUGACUGAGGUUCGUGAUGGAAUGAACUUGAAGGUGAAUUCAAUUUCUGCUCCGGAGAAAUCAUGUUCUCAGCAACAGUCGUCCCGGAAUAUCGAGUCCCUGAAACGUUUUGGGUUCUACAUCUACCUGCGUGAGAUGUUUGAUGCUCCCGAUGAGGUGAUGAGUUACCUCUGUCACCAGUACAAAGUGCAUGAUGUCCCUGUGGGCAAUGAUCAAACCAAAGCCAUGAUAAAAACGGUCAUUGAGGAGCCUUACCUCCGCGUGUUAUACACAACAGAGGAGAGAUACAUGGUGAAAAGGUCUUUUUACUCCAACAAGAUCAACACCAGUAACUCUGCAGUGUAUCCUUCUCAGUUGCUCACCAUCACCUUGGACGCUGAAGAAAAACGGAAGCUGGAGCAGCAGAUAAAGGAUUGUGAGCUGAAGUCACGAGACAUUGAUGAACAGAUGAAGGCCCUGCAGAAGGAGGCCGCCAACCUGGAUCGCCGUGACAAUGAAUUGUUGGCGGAGAAGAAGCGUCUGUCUGAACUAAAGGGCAAAAAGAGACAACUGGAGCAGAAAAUUAGUACCAGACAAGACAGUCUCAGACAGAUGGAGCAAAGUGUCAUCGAUCUGAAGAAGAUUGAACAGGAGACCAAAGAGAAAAUUGCGGCGGUCAAUUCUCUCAAGGUUAAAAUAGUCUCAGCGUUCAUGGUCCAGAUGAAGCUGAGAACUAAGCUGAGUAUGGAGAAGGUGUACCUGGCUUUGGAGACGGUGGCGCUGACAGCGGAGAAGACCAAGCAAGAGAACGACUGCAGAGCAGGUGCCUCUGAACUUAAAACCAUAGAUCAAAUGUGCAACCGUCUGGAGCAGAGGAAGGUGCAGCUGACAGAACAAUGCAAAGGCCAUUUGAGGAGAGCAAAGUCCAUCUGUGGGAUGCAGUCUAACGACUCUUUGCCCGAAGACCUGUGUAAGGCUUUCAGCAAGCUGCCGAACACACUGGAUGAGAUUGAUGCCUUGUUGAAUGAGGAGCGGUCCAGAGCUGAAUGCUUCACUGGCCUGAGUGAAAAUGUUGUUGAUGAGUACAACAGAAGAGACCAGGAGAUCAAACAUCUGGAGAAAGAGCUGGAAGAUAAGAGCACUGCACUGAACGCCUACCGGCAAAACAUAUCGGAGGCUAAGAAUCGCUGGCUGAACCCUCUGAAGCAGCUUGUCGAACAGAUAAACGUCAAGUUCAGUGACUUCUUUCGCUCCAUGCAGUGUGCAGGAGAGGUCGAUCUGCACACAGAGAAUGAGGAAGAGUACGACAAAUAUGGGAUCCGCAUUCGGGUUAAAUUUCACAGCAGCACGCAGCUUCACGAGCUGACAGCCCACCACCAGAGCGGAGGAGAACGUAGUGUCUCCACAAUGCUUUACCUCAUGGCCCUGCAGGAGCUCAAUCGCUGCCCGUUUAGAGUGGUGGAUGAGAUCAACCAGGGAAUGGAUCCCGCCAACGAGAGGAGAGUGUUUGACAUUGUCGUUCGUACAGCCUGCAAAGAGACGACAUCCCAGUACUUCUUCAUAACUCCAAAACUGCUACAGCAUCUUCAGUACGCUGAUGAGAUGACCAUCCUGUGUGUCCACAACGGUCCUUACAUGCUUCCUCCGAGCCAGUGGGACGAGAAAACGAUCAUCAUACGGUCCCGCCAAAGAAAAGCCCGGGCAUGAAUCCACCAGGCUGAACCUGACUUGCAUGGAUUCACUCAAUUUUCAGGUCACAGAGUUCAGAAUGUAAGACUAAAACUAAAAGUUUAUGUAGCCAUUACAUGACCAAGGCCCCCUUUACACCUGGCAUUAGAGUAACAAUCCAUCCUCAAUGCGUCUUGGGUGUAUUUCCACCUUUACUGUGCUAUCCGAUUGUAAUCCGGUGAUCAGGUAUAAAGGGGGUUUAAGGACAUUUCUUAAUGAACCUCUGAAUUGUAAAGUCAUUUUGUAAUCUUGGAAUGGUCUUUAAAGGAGGAAUGAUGUUCUGUCACUUUUAGAUUAUUUGCUUCAGAUGGGUUGGACAUUUUUAAAGUCAGGGUUACUUAAAGCAGAAAUUGCAGUGAGCAUAUUAUGUUCCAUAAUUUUUACAUUUGUCUGUUAAUGCACAGUAAUAUACAGUUCAGUUAUUUUCCCUCAACUGUAGUUAUGCAUAUUUGUAUACUUGAAUAAUUAAAUAAAGUUCUGCUGCUUCUAUUGUAAA